AUCCCUCCCUUCUUCUCCUCCUCCUUUUCCUCCAGUCUGCAGCAUACCCCUCUCGUCCUGCACCGUUCAUGCCAUCCUAAACCUGAGCGAGAGCAGAGGAAGCAGCAGAGCCACGCGGCUUUGUUUCCAAUAGCAGCUCCUGUGUUUUCCGCCAGCCUCCUCCGUGAAUCAGCACCAGAAAACCCUGCAAAUUUAUCAGACUUCUAUCUUCACUUAAAUCCAUUAAUAUCAACUUAAAUAACUCAAUCUAAAGUUGUGCGGCAACCUGAAAGAAAGAGAGAGACUUCUUGAGAUGAUAACCAACUCCUGGAUAAUUCUGCCAAAUGACUCUAAAAACACUGACCCUGAUAAGGAAGAGCAAAAAUUAAAGUAACUCUUAAAACUCUGUAAAUGGCCUCAACCCCUGAACGUGCUUAAUAAAAAAGUCAAAGAUGAGCAUUCCAACUAAUUUUCAUGGAUUGAGGGUCAGUGUUGAAAGAGGAGAGAAGAUUGGAAAUAAAACCCAUUUCACCUCAUCAGGAGAUGAUAACGCCAAUCAAAUAACUUCAGCCACUGACCAAGAAGGAGGGGGUCUGGUUGAGGUUACAGGGUACAACACAAGCUCUAUUCCUCCACUGGUUCGUCAGAGUGACUCUCCAGACAAAAUUGUAAUCUGGGGAUCUGAGCAGCAAUGUAUGGAGCCUGAGCUCAGAGAAUUUGAAAUCCACACAUUCUUAGGAAACCAAAGUCAGGAGGAGCAUAACGAAGAGGAAGAUGAUGGAGAAAGCAUGAGAGAUGGUAAGGAUGAGGGUCCCAUGUCCAUAUCCUCAAGUUCAACGGCCAGUUCUGCUUCAACCGGUGUCAGGCGAAACUACGACCACAACAGGGAAGAGAGCAGAAUGCAGAGGAGCAAAGAGAAACGCAUUGCCUGUCACAGUACUGAAGAGCUGGAUACAUAUGUGACAGGCUCAGUAGAGAAAAGAGACACCAGAACAGGCAGGGAUAGACGGACAGGGGGUCUGAAGGAAUCCAAGUCUGAGACAAAUGUGUUUGUUUCCAGUCUGUCAGCUGUUGCUCUUGGUGGAAGUCUGUCUAGUGCUCUGGAUUCCAGUGGUGAAGCAUCUCUUAUUUCCCUACCCAACCCCAAGACAAACCUUUUUCCCAACACCAACUGUUCUACCUCAGCCCAGACCAGCAGACGGACAGCUUCCCUAGACACCAAUCAGAACUCCCCACCAUUUCGUCCUCAAGGGAGAUAUGACUGUCAACAAUACUAUGGCCAGGAACAGAGACUGGAGGAAAGGAGUCAUCAUAGAAACGGAAGGUCCUGUGAUGGAGCACUGGGCCAAAGGAGAAGGACUGGAUUUGAGGAGAGGGUACUGCCACCUCGACGGCAACAGCUCGUCAGACCCCUCUGCCAGACAGAGAUGAUAAGAGACAGGAACUUGCCAGAGCCUAAAACUCAGCAAACUGGGACAGUGCUACAUUCCUCCAACAAUGCAUCACCAGAGUCACACAGCAGCAGGUCAAGCAGAAAGCUUACAAAAUCUGCUUUACGGGAACCGUCAGACUUCUCCCACCUUUACAACAUGAGCGCUAUCUCCCAGCUAAGACAGACUAACCAGGCAUCCCAUAGGGAGGUUCCACCCAUGGAAAAACAGACAACUACAACUGCAAAACAUCUAUCUGGUCCCUCUAACAUACCCACUCUGGAAAACAAACCUCAGGCUCAGCUCACUUAUCGAAGGAACUGCUCAAGUCCCAACAGGACUGGAGUUGAAUCCAGGUCAUCUACCCCUCCUCAAUCCCCUCUCAGGACACCACAGGGCUCACCACGCAGGCAGCCCUCUAUGUACCUCAUUUCCAGGAAUGUCUCUGGAGCUUCUAGGCACAUCCCAUCAGGAUGCAACCCAGCUGUACCAACCUCAGCUCAGGGCUAUGGCAACAGUUGUUUGAGAGCUCCAGUGAAAACAAACAUAAGCACAAGUGGAAUCCCAAAAGCGCCUCUUAACAUCCAGCAGAGCUCCUCUAACUCUAACCCCAAAGAGAACUCUCCAUCACCUAAACUUAAACCUAAAGGAAUCCGCCCCAAGAUCAUAACGUCUGUUCGAAAGAAUCCUCAGUUUAAACUCCAAGCUGCUGAUGGACCUUAUCAGGUCUCAUCUCUGCCAUCCAGACUCUCGACUUACACUCACAGCCAACCACCAGCGGCCUUUAAGGACCCAUCUAAAGACCCGCGCAGAAACCCUGACGCUGAAACCCGAGGAACCCCUGUACUUAGUGCCUCCAACCCACUUUACGAUAAAUAUCGCCAAGAGAUGCAGGUGAAUAGUUUCCCUCCAGGGCUGCAAAACAGGAGCAUUAGGACUCCUGGAAACACAAACACAGUUCCCCCAGCACAUGCACACAGCCACAAUGCAUCCCCGAAACUGAGCGGAAGGGUGGAGAACUACUAUGGGACAUCAUCUGAGGUGGGGCGCUCCAACAGUUUAAAAGGCAUCUCCUCUGAAGAUGCAUUGCAGAGCAGGACAGUUACACAGGCUGAGGGAAGUGGAAGUCUCAUUCGUUCUGGCAGAGGCCUCCGUUUGGGUCUUGGAGCCGUCACCAGGACAACUGCGGUUUCCGUCAAGACCCGUGGACCCAGCCAAGGACAGAGGUCGGCGUCGAUCUUCAGCCAGCCAAUCCAAACCGUUAGCCCAGCGAUCAGCCAGAAAAGCCAAGACAAUACAGAUGACCAGGUUUUCAGCCAUCAAGCUCCUGCGGCUCCUCCUGCUUCCACAGCAGCGUCUCAGCCCCCGUCCACAGCCUCCAGAUCUCUGCUUCCCAAAGUCAGUCAGUCUGGGUUGCGGGCUCCAGGUUUCUCCUCCAACCGUCUCCCGGCAAGCCGCCUGGCAGCCUUUGGUUUCGUCAGGAGUUCCAGCGUCUCCUCAGCGUCCUCAGCCCACUCCGCUGACAGCGUGCAGAGUGAUCCCGGCAGGACAGCACACCGUCUGAGUGUGAGUGAGGAGCCUCCGCUCCACAGAGUGACAACGAGCCCUCCAUCAACAGAUCAACAGAGGGAUCCGCCAUGUCGCAGCAGCAGCCUCCAGCCCCCUUCUACCCCAGCGUUACCACGACGCUACCUGCCACCCCAGCCAAGAAGCUCACCUGGAGUUGGCAGAAAGGAGUUUCAGCGGAGUUCAGAGGUCACACGUUCUCUUCCUUCUUCGCCAAAAAGGUUGGCAGUGGUUCCCCCGAAACUCCAGUCCCCAGUCCAGCCCGGGCAGCGACCUGCAGCGGCGGUGCGGGGUUCCACUCCUUCAGGGUCACCUCGGCGUGUGGCUCCCCUGAGGCCGCAGCAGGAACACCAGGAGAACCUGCAGAAAGAGAAAGAAGAGGCUCAGCAGAAAGAGCAAGAAAGGCAUACAGAUGAAAAGGAAAAGAUGGAACAAAUGGAGGAGGUUCACAGGCUACAGAGGUACUGCAACCAUCAGGAGAGGCAGCUAAAGGCUCUGAGGGAUGAGCUGCAGAGAACUUCUCUAGGUCUUGAUGCCUUUAUCAUCACCACUCAGCAUUAUUGCCUCAAGAACAAAACUGCUGAGGAAGGUCAAAGCGAAUUGUCCCUGGAGUUGAAGAAAGCCAGAGAGGAAAUGACUUCCCACUCGGUGCGCUGGGAGAGGCUCCAGCAGGACAAAACAGCGCUGGAGGUGGCAUUUGAGCGCGAGCUGCAGGAGCUCCAGGUGCAGCAGGAGGCAGAGCUGGCUGCGGUGGAAGAAGGCCUCAGGAAGUGUCACGCUGCUGAGGUGGAGCACCUGAAGGCGGAGCAUCGGUUGGAGAUGGAGGAGUUGACGACUCAGCAGCAGGAGCAGAUGGAGGAGGUGACAGUUCACCACCAGGCAGCUAUGCAGGAGCUUAGAGACAUGCAUAAUAUCACCAUGGCAACACUGCAUGAGGAGCAUGCUCGUACCAUGAGAGACUUGAGAAAAGCUCACGAGCAACAGAAGCUCCUCCUAGAGGAAGAUUUUGAGAAACUCAGGCUGUCUUUACAGGAUCAAGUAGAUACGCUCACAUUUCAAAACCAGAGUCUAAAGGACAAGGCCAAACGCUUCGAGGAAGCUUUGAGAAGGAGUACGGAUGAACAAAUCAUUGAUGCUUUAGCUCCAUACCAGCACAUUGAGAAAGAUCUGAAGAGUCUGAAAGAGGUUGUUGAGAUGAAAAAUCAGCAGAUUCACCAGCAGGAGAAGAAGAUCUCAGACCUGGAGAAAGUGCAGGCUCAAAAGAACGCGUUUCUCGAAGAGAAGAUCCAGGUUCUGCAGCAGCAGAAUGAAGAUAUGAAGGCUCGUAUUGAGAUGAACCUCGCUACGUCUAGGCAACUGACAGAGGAGAACGCCAACCUGCACGACUCUGUGGAGAAGGAGAGCACUGAGAAGAAGCGCCUGAGCCGCAACAACGAGGAGCUGCUGUGGCUUCUCCAGACCAGCCCCCUCAUGUCCCCGGCCUCGUCCCCGCUCCACCGCUCCUCCUUCUCCACCUCCCCUGUUCCCUCCUCCCCUCUGUUCUCCUCCUCGCCCUUGGCAGGGUGCGACUCGCCCACCCACUGUCACGGCUGUCCCAGGCAAGCUCAGUACUGCUCCCCAUCGCACAGAGCUGCCGUCAAUCAAAACCUCUCUCCCGGACCUGCCACGCCCACACACAGGGCGGCUUUCAAUCACAACUACUCCUCCGGCCCGAACACGCCCACUCACAGGGCGUCGUCAGGUUGCUGUAACUCAAACACCUCUUUGCAUAAUUAAAAGCAGCUUCCAAAGCUCACACAUUUCCCGUUUUUUCUCCAGCACUCCAAAUCUUUUCUUUGUAGGCAUGUAUGGUGUUACAAAAAAGCAACUAGAACCAGUUACCAUAAUACUGUACAGACACUGUGAACCACUCUGACCGUGGUGUUCGUGAUGCAGAGAUUCUAUAAGUUAGAUAUACAAACACAAAAAAAUGCUGGCCACCACUGAAUUUUCCAGUCAGAGCUUCUGACUGUUCUAUGUGUGUUCAUGUCUUUUUAAUUGCACACUGUAAAUAUUGUUAAAAUUAGAACAGGUGUUGUUGAUAGAUAAACCUCCCAUGCAUGUGUCCUGCAUAGUGCAAAAUGUAGAGAUGGAAAUUACGCAUUCAAUCCACCAGAAUAUGAUACUUUGGUGUGGCAAAAACGCAUUCACACGCACACACACACGCCAACACACACAUGCAUCCUCAGUAAAAUAAGCUGUUCUCCAUUAGAAUAAAAUGUGGAAGGAGAGUCAGUUCUCUCCUUUCAUCUGGACUAAACAAAGCGCCUUAAACUUGGUCCUACCACCUCACCAGCAGAGAGUGACCAAUGUUUUAUUUAUAAAGGACUUCGGUUCAAGAAUUGGUUUGUAAAUCGAAGCAAAUUGCCUCCUCGAGUUCUAUUUGAGUGUUUCUAAUUAGCUCAGUGCUGAUAGUUUAACCUCCUCGGAGCCAUGUUACCUGCAAAAUACUGAGAACUUUGUGUAUUUUUUACAGCCUUGCCAGGUCUUCCUUUACAAGACAAGCUCCUCUUUACUUCAGGUCCCUCAGGUCAACUUGCAAAAUCUGUGUUUGCUGUUUUCUACGUACCUCAGUGGGAAUGUGCAGUCUGUUGUGUCUCAACAACAGCAAUCACAACACAACAGUUAACGAAGCGCUUGGAGCUAAAGGAAACCUCGCACAGGUUUUAUUGUUUUAAUUGUUGUCUAUUACUUUAUAGUACAAUGUUUAACUGAUUUAUUUAUUACAUGUCUUUUGCUAAUUAAGCAAGCAUGUACUGUGAAAGUCUUCCAGUUUUAACGUAAAAAUGAUUAUUGCUGUUAUCUAUUUAUCGAUGCUGAAAUGUUUAGAAAAUAUUUGUGUGUUUGUAAGUUUAAAAAUAUUUGUCAUGGGACAGAAGUGGAAUACAGAUAUAUGACCCCAAUAGAGCAGAUAAUCUGGAGAUCCCAACUAUAUUGUACAUUACACUGGUUUGAAUAUGCAAAAGUAUUCACAUCCCUUAAAUAUUUUUCACAUUUUAUGGCAUGAAAGCCCCAAACUUCUUUGUUUUUAUAAGGAUUGUAUGUUAUAGACCAACACCAAGUAGCCAGAUUUACUCUCAUCCAUUGCAAGUAGUUGUCCAUUUUAUAAUUUUUUUAUAAAAUUGCAUGAUAGCUCUAAAUCAGCAAGGAUGCAAUUGUGAACACCCACUUUCAAGUCUCACCACAGACUCGUAUGGAUUUAGGUUUGGACUUUGAUUGCACCAUUCUAGCACAUGAUUAUACGCUUUGAUCUACAUCAUUCCACCCCCAAUGUUUAAAGUCCUUGUCCUUACUUUUUCCAUUUUGAGAUGAUCAACAAAACAGUAUUCUGUGAGGUGUGCUUUGUAUUUAAGAUUUUUUGAAGUUGAAAAGAUCAGUUUUGUUCCAUUUCGCCUAACUUUGUGUUUGGUCUAUCACAAAAAUCCUAAUAAAAUACACUAAAGUUUGUUGCUGUAGUGUGACAAAGAGUUCGAGGGGCAUGGAUUCUCGGUAUCUGUGGUGCAUGAAUGCAUAGUGUUUUAUUUCAUUGAGUGAACAGAGGACAAGUUUAGAACAAACAGGGCACACAUUACUGGAUUUGUCCAUGGCUGCAGAAAAUUCUAGAUUAAACUUCGAGGGGACUGUCUUGUGUAAAAUGCGUCUAAAUUAUGUAGGUAAAACAGAAAAACUUUGUUUACCUUUUGUGAUGUGCUUAAUUAGUGUAGAACUUGUAGAACCUGUAUUUGUAGUACCUCUUCAUCCCCUUUUUUGUAAUACACCUUAAUUUACAAUUGGUAAUUCAUUUAUACUUUUGCAUACUAAAGAAAACCACAGCAUCGUAGAAUAUCUCAUUCAGGGAAAUCUGAGUUAUAAUUUAAAAGAUUUUCUUUCUUUCUUUUGUACAGCUGCCCUGUGAAAACAAUUUUAAAAGUUUUCCCCCCAAAUUAUUUUACAAAACGGCAGAGCACACCACAAGCCAACUAUACCUAUAUAAGAAGAGUCAAGGUAAAAAGAAAAUUUGACCUUUUCACUAUUUCAAAUGGUGUGUUAUGUCUGCUUCUCAUGGUCUUUUGCCUGGCUUAAAAUAAUAUACUGUAAGCUACAGAUCUUUAUCCACAAAAUUGAAACAGUUUAAACUUUACCCACUGUAAAUAGAUAGAUCUAGAGAGUCAGUGUGAACAGUUUUACUACCAAGGGGAGCAUGCAUUUGGAUUAGUAGUUAUUGUAGUCGUAUUUAUUGGUAAAUAAAGCGAUAUUUGGGAAUUGAAGUAGUCGGGUUUAAUGGGGUUUUAAUGUGGAGAUCCGGUGCUGGUCAUUAAAAAACUCUCUUGAAUACUUACUCUGCAAAGAAAAUGUAAAAAGAUACUUACCAGCACACUUGAUUUGAAUGUUUACACCUCAGCAGGUGAGCCUCAUUUAAACGUUAUUGGACCAGGCUUUCAGUAACAACAAUUCUCCAGUAAAGAUGUGUGCAAAAGCCUUUAAAAUAGAUAAUAAAUUCUUUUUUUUUCCUCAAUGGUUUUCUGACAGAAAGUUUUGGAAGGUAAAGCUAUACUUCAGCCUAACUUUAAUGCAUUUUCUCUUGUCUUUCCCAUGCUGAAGAGUUACUAGCAAAUAUUGACCCUUGUGUCAUGGAUUACCCAUUAAAAGUUUUUCGCCACGGCUGAAUUCAAUGAUUAUUGUUCAAAUAAAAAAGCUGCUUCUGGAUUUUGAGAAGUAUUUUAGAAAUGCGGUUAAGUUAAUCCUCCUACCCCCUUAUUUAAUUUAAAUGAUGGAUUGCUGCAGCAAUAAAAGAAAUAUUUAUCAUAAUGCUUUUUACACAUCUUUACUGGGGGUGAAACAAAAGCUACGGGAGAUGUUGGUCUGUAACUUCUUUACCAGCACUUUUUGAUGGUCUUGAAAAGAACUCUUUUCAUUACACUUCAACUUUUUGUAUGAUGUGGACACAGGGUUGAAUGCUCCUAGCAGAAGAAUGUCAAAUGCAGUGUUUGAGAAAUGUAUCGAAACGGUCAUAAUUCUUUUAUGUCUUUUUUCUACACUGAUGAUUUUAAGAAUGUCUGCUCAAUUGUAAAAAAGAAAAAAUAAAACAACAAAAAAACUAAACUAAACAAAAAUACCCACACAAAAAGAACGAGGGAAAAAAAUACCAGUCAAAAACUGUGUUUUCAGAUUGUUUUGGAUUAUUUUUCCUCACUUACAACACUAAAAGAUUCCCCCUAAAGGUUCACCUCAGGUGCAAAAACUACAGUCUACAAAGAUGCAACAAAUCUAUUGUUUACAAAUGGCAGCAUACAGUUCCGAAUUUCGAAAUAAGUCUUUUGCAUGGACUACAGUUUCUAAACCCUAAACUGGUAUUGUAAAGACCCUGCAAUGUGUCCCGUGGACAUUUGUGUCUCACUUUGCUCUGAAUGUCAAAAUUGUAAUGAUUGCAUUUUGUAAAACUCUUUCAUGCCAUUUUGUUUACUAAAGAAAGACCUCUUUUGUGAUCAUUUUGUAGCAGCUAUUGAAUAUGUAGCAUUUGGACAAAACUACUCACAGAACAGCGUGGAUAAUUUAAUAUAUUUGGCAAUGUUUUUAACACUCAUGUUGGUUUCUAAAUGCUGCUGUAGCACAUGUGGCUUGUCAACCUUCAAUUCAAUUACUAAAAUUUAUAGAGGUGAUCUUUAAAACUUUAGCUCCUAUGGAUUUUGAUCCUGUGACGAGCUUUUUGGUGCUGAUUGUAUGUUUGAAUGUAAAUACAUUUACAACAUGAGUUGUGUGUCUUAGUGCACCGACAGAAAUAGAAGCAUGUUUUCUCAGCCUUUGCUGUCCUUGUUCUACUUUUCUCUUCUUUGACCUCUUUGCUUUGUCCAUGGUUAGGUUGUAACUGUAGUGUGGGGAGACGUACAAGAGAAGGAAUAAAAUCAUUCAUCAAUGUAAUGUGAACACAGUAUGUUGAUGCCUUUGUUUGUCAUUUACGGGGGGAGAGGACAAUAUUAAAGUGUUUAAGAAAAGGUAA